CGCAGACUGCGAGGUCGUCCCUGCUCGGGGAUUGUGCGAGGUCUCUUCCUCCGAGUCGUAGAAAUGGCACGGUGGGACGAAAUAAUCAAACGGUGUCUGACAGUGACCACCGGCCUGAUUGAAUGCUUUGGUUUCGCCGGCGUGGUUGGUGGUUGGCCCUCGCUCGUGUAUGUGCUGAGGAUGGAUGAGUACUUCGCUGAGCUCUGUGAGACCGCGCCGAACAUCAGCCGUCCUGUGGCACCGAACACCACUGGUGAUUACUCCAUCUCCCGCUCUCUCCAUCUCACCUCCACCCUUUCCCAUUCUCUCGCCCACCUUCUCCCCCGCAUUCUGUUCCUGCACCACUCGUUCUCCCACCCUCUCUGGAAUAAUCACCCCAUCAACCUUUAUAUUACAGUGGACUGCACUCUACAGAGCGAACGCUUCACGCUCAUCUACACCAUCGCCAGUUCCACCAUGAACGUUGCGACAAUCGCCAACGGCUAUAUUUUCGAUUACUGCGGGACAAUGGCGACUCGCUUCCUGGCCAUAUCCGUUUACACUGCGGCCACUUUGAUGAUUGCUUUCUCCACUGCUGCCACGGCAAUACUACUGUUUCCCGCACUCCUUCUUCUUGGAGUGGCCAGCAUGAUGUUACUGGUAACAAACAUCCAGGUUGGAAACUUAUUAGGAAACAAGCGUUCUACAGUUAUCACAUUGUAUUAUGGAGCAUUCAAUUCAUCACCAGCCGUGUUCCUGAUUGUCAAGGUGUUGUAUGAAAUCAAUAUUUCCCUGAGAUCCAUCUUCUUGGUCAUCAGUGGCCUGAGCGUCAUCCAUGUCCUGCGAACUAUAUUCCUGCUGCCCCGGACACACAUCCCCUACUUCCCGCCACCGGGGUAUAGCUACGGGAUGACCUGUGAGAUAUUUACACGGAAUACGCCCCCCCGUGAAGAGGGGGCGACCCACCAAAGCCAGGGAGCAGCCGAGUCAGGAGGCGAGAUGAUUGAGGGGGUGGUAAUGGCCACUGGAGAGAGAAGAGAAGAAAAGCAGCAAAAUACCGAAGGAGACACGGGGAAGGCAGGGGAAAAUGAGCAACGAAAGAUUGAGGAAGAUGUCGGAGAAGGAAUGGAAGAGACGGACGGCGGAGAGCGAGGGGGGAGCUGGGAGCCCCAAGGAAGCAUGGGAGAGGGGUACGGGGUUAAUAAUGGGAACCUUGAGCCCAAUGGGACAGAAGUAUGGCAUGAAAAAACCAUAUCAAAAUCCGGCUGUCUCAAAUAUGUUCUGUUUCUCGCUGCAGACUUGGUGGCCAGAGAUAACCAGGGACAGCUUCUAUCGUUCAAGAAGUGCCUUCUCUCCCGGCUCUUUUUCGCACACGUGCUCUGGGUUUCGAUUAUCCAACUGCGGCAUUUGCUGUUUGUAGGGACCUUGAACCAGAUGCUGCACCUCUUGGCUGAUGGAGAUCUCCGGAAAGUGAGCAAAUUUACGAAUGCUUUUGCCAUCACCCAGUUGUGCUCCAUUUUGAGCGCCCCAUGGAACGGGCUGAUCCUGGACCGACACAAACUGAGAGCUCGGCCGUUAGAAUCAGGCACAGGUAAUCCAUGGAGUGCCGAUGGUCUCCUCAGAUUCAUACUGAUAUCUGGCACCCACUGCACCCACCUGUUCCCAACAUUUCAUCGUGUGGCUAUGAUGGCCCCUCUGUGUAGACAGCGUUUUGCUGGAGCCCCGACUAACAGAUUGCUUGUGUAUUCUUCCGUUUCAGACUGGGCUGCAGUCCAGAGGCUGGAAGACAUUCAGUCAUCGGUGCUCUCUCUCGCCAUUACCGUCACGCUUUCCACGCUCUUCAGUAUCUUCGCCGCCAUUCCCGUGCUGAAAGUGCAGUACGUGACAUUCGUCCUACUGGUGACCAAUGCAACUUUCCUGUACGGAAGUGACGCAGCAUUUCUCGCCAUCGCAUUUCCCGCGUGCCACUUCGGGAAGCUUUACGGAGUAACGCAAGCUCUGGCCGGAGUCGUCUCCCUUCUCCAGUAUCCGUGCGCCAUCCUCGUCAGCGGACCCUUGCGGGGUGACCCAUUGUACGUAAGUAUCGGAAAAUCCACAUUACGCAAUCUGUAGAGAAACGGACUUAGAAAUGUUCCCCAGACAGCUCUGUGCCCAGCAACCCUCUAUCCCAAAUCCCAUAAUCAAAAAAACGCGAGUGAUGUCACGUUA